AGAACUUAUCGUGUCUGUGCUGCGCAUAAACGUAUGAAUACGAGUACCAACACGCAGAAAACUAAAGCUUAACUUUAUCAUUCUCAUAUUUAAACAAAUAAAUGAUGAACUAUGAUGGACUGCUCUCCAAGUUGACCGAUGAAAAGCUGGUAAUCUACGAGACCAGUGACCAAGGUGCCGCCGCCCUGGUCGAGGGCGACGUUGAGGAUGGCGCCAUCGAGGAGGAGCAGGCAGCCCCAAUACAAACAAUACCCCAUACAGCCGUAGCUGCCGCUACUGCUGCCACUGCUGUUGCUGCUGCGUCAGCAACUUCAGCACCUGCGACAAGUGCAAACCUAUACCCGAAAUUGGAAAAUGCUGCGACAGCGACACCACAGCGCAAAAUAUCGACGUCAUCACGUUUCAUGAAUGCCUUUAGUCAGCUUUAUGGCGGUAACAGCAAUAGCAAUAGCAAUAGCAACAGCAAUAGCAACAACAACGGUGGCGGUCACCCGGAGCUGCAUAACGAUGAUCCGGAGCUGGCGGCGAAUCGCACGCCUACCAAGGGCAUGGAGUCAAAGCUGGUGGCUAUGUGGCACAAUGUCAAGUAUGGUUGGACGGGCAAGAUGCGCCAGACCAGCUUCUCAAAGGAGCAGCCAGUCUGGCUGCUGGGACGCUGCUAUCAUCGACGGUAUACGCCGCCCGUCAGCAUGGAAAACUCGACCACGGAGCUGCUCAGCGCUGCUGACACCACGCCAGAUAAUGCCACUUCGGCGUUUGAUAGCAUACCAGCGACGGCCACAUCCUCCUCCAUAUAUCCCACAUUAAAUCCGCAGCAAAUUGAUGAGAUUGUGGUGCCCCAAGAGCUGGGCAUGGAUGCGGCUGAGAAUCAAAUGGCCGAUAGUCCUUGGGAAGAGGGCAUUGAGGGUUUUCGUCGUGACUUUUACAGCCGCAUCUGGAUGACCUAUCGCCGUGAAUUUCCCAUUAUGAAUGGCUCCAACUAUACCUCGGAUUGCGGCUGGGGCUGCAUGCUGCGCAGCGGUCAAAUGCUGCUUGCGCAGGGCCUAAUCUGUCACUUUCUGGGUCGCAGCUGGCGAUAUGAUGCGGAAUCACAACUCCACUCCACUUAUGAAGAUAAUAUGCAUAAGAAGAUAAUCAAGUGGUUUGGCGAUAGUUCCUCGAAAAGUAGCCCCUUUUCCAUACACGCGCUGGUACGCCUGGGCGAGCAACUAGGCAAGAAGCCAGGCGACUGGUAUGGCCCCGCUUCGGUCUCCUAUUUAUUAAAACACGCCUUAGAGCAUGCUGCUCAAGAAAAUGCCGAUUUUGACAAUAUAAGCGUAUACGUGGCCAAGGAUUGCACCAUUUACAUGCAAGAUAUUGAGGAGCAGUGCAGCAUACCCGAGCCGGCUCCUAAGCCGCACGUGCCUUGGCAGAUGACGAGCAAGAAACCGGCUAGCGAUGCGCCGAAGCUUGAUCAGCCACAGCAGCAUUGGAAAUCAUUGAUUGUGUUGAUACCGUUGCGUCUAGGCACAGACAAGUUAAAUCCUGUUUAUGCGCACUGCCUGAAGCUGCUGCUCAGCACAGAGCACUGCCUGGGGAUUAUUGGCGGCAAGCCCAAGCAUUCGCUAUACUUUGUGGGUUUUCAGGAGGACAAACUGAUCCACCUGGAUCCCCAUUACUGCCAGGAGAUGGUUGAUGUUAAUCAGGAGACAUUCUCUAUGCAGUCAUUUCACUGCAAAUCGCCACGCAAAUUGAAAUCCAGCAAAAUGGAUCCCAGCUGCUGCAUUGGUUUUUAUUGUGCCACCAAAACGGAUUUCGAUAGCUUUAUGGAAAGCGUGCAAUUGUAUUUGCAUCCAAUGCGCUGCGCCUCUGGCGCUACCUUGGACAAAACAGCAGCACAAUCCCAGCAGCAGCAGCUGCCACAAACGGAGCAAAUUGAAAUAAAUUAUCCGCUGUUUACCUUCUCGCGUGGUCGCUGUUUGGAUCAUGCGCGCGAUGAAAUGAGCGAUUCGCUCUACAAGCCACUCAUCAGACAGGUGGCGGCAUUGACCCAGGAGCUGGAAGAUGGUGCUGCCUCAGCGCAGCUGCAUAGUUAUGAGAAUGAUCCGGAUGAUAGCGAAAGCGAGGAGUUUGUGCUGCUCUAAAGCAGCCUCCAAAAACUAUAUAUAUAUAUAGCUACAAGUCUUGAUUGCCCAACAACCCAAUGUCCUCUCUAACAUAUACCCCUCGUUCACAGCCUUGGUUACUGUGCAAACUGUGUUAUAUUAUUUUCAUUUCUUUAUGAUUAUUUGUAAUUAUUAUAAUUUGUGCUAAUUGCUAAGUAACUUGUCUCGCCGUUGCUCGCUGGCCAGCUCGCCUAAAACUAAACAUCAGACGUGCAUCUCAACAACAAAGACUUUGUUAUUAUACAUUUACAAACACACAUACAUAUGCAUAUACAUAUAAAUUGCACAGUUGCUUAUCAUAUUAUUUUUUUAUGCAUUGUGAUUAGCUUACAAUUUGCGACCUUUGUUCAAAUUGAUUUCAUUCGAAUUUAAAUCAUUUUUAUUUGGUGCCUUCAGUUUGCCUGUGUUUCGCUCUGAUUGUGUGUGUUUGUCAACAUUAUUCCUAUAUAUAGUUUAUGUAAUUCUCGGUAUUAUUAUUUUGUAAUGCGAAUGGAAUUGAUUCAACAAGUUUUUCGCCUGCUCUCGAAAGUAUUUAUGUGUAGUCCUUAUGUCUUAGAUUGUAAUUAAAUUAUGUUUUUCAUCUAGUUGUUCGAACAUUAUUUAGUUUUAAUAUUAAUUGUAAAUACCCUUACAUACAAAAUCAAAUAAUAAAUAUAUAGCUUAAUAUUUAGAUACAAAUUUUA